CAUCACCGUUGAAAGUCUCUCUCACACCUACAUUAGCUUUCAUACAUUAGCACUCACUGCUAUAACGCGAAGAUGGAGUACACCAUCACCAUCCAGAACAACACGGGUAAUCCCAACGACGCGUUCCGCUACAUCGCUUUCGGCUUUCCUCACGUCACGAACGCUACCCGGGGUGGUACCAGCCUACCUGUUGUCUUCUACCAGUCCCGCCCUCUCCACGACGGCGAGCCUGUGACCUUCAAAAUCUCGUCGGACAUCUUCGGCUUUCUCGGUAAUGCCAGCCAGAGCAACGUGAGCCUGACCGCGGGUGCCAAUAUCUCCCUGACCACGCCGAUCGCCGUCACUCUAGGAGGGCGAGCUGGCGACGGCACCGAGCUAGAAGCUCAACCGAAUUCUCUGGGUGCUGGCGUCAGCUUCAAGAAAGCGGCGACCGCGCUGUCCCCGCCCGGGACCUUCUCUAUCAUUGUCAGCAAUGCCAUCAAGGACAACAACCAGCACGUGGUCGGUUUGGCCAGGAAGAUCGACGGUGACUACGCACCCCUCACGGUCUUCGGGCUAAACCCCGGCCAGACGUUUGAUAUCACGCCCGUAGAAUCUAUCUACAUCGCGCGCAGCAACACUACCGCCACGAACACGGUGGUCAACGAAACUGCCUUCGCUCUCAAGGCUCAGGUGGACCUGCUGUCUGACCAGCCGGCAGUCACUGUGGCAGAUGAUGGCAGUGGUAAAAGCUUCAACGUGCGAUACCGCAACUAGGUACUCCUAACCCGGCAGAUUCGGUCCGUUUCGACGAAGGGUGAGGGGUUACCUCAACAUGUGAGAGGUGGCAAGUGAUAUCUGCUCGGGGGUGACUCUCGUUCCGCUGGCUGGGUAGAUAUUGUUAAGAAGAAAAUUGAUCCAAUCAAAUUCGAAGUGUUUUUUUCCAAGG